UCGCAAUAAGCUUCGAAGACCCCAGCAACAUCAUGACGACCAACACAACAAAUCCACCACCAGAGUAUUCCACGCCGGAGCAGGCUCGAGAAGUGUUUCUCAGAGGUUUGCUACAUAAUCCGCUUGUUGCCAAAGACCUUCCCGGCGAAGCAGCCCAGUGCAGUGCGAAAAUCUCUUUCGAAGGCUCUUUAAAGCCAUGCCUCCCAAUAAACUGGCGCUUUGCCGAGAGUGUCUCAGCGUUGAAAGCUCUCGAAGCUACUAUGCUCAACGUUCUCCUUCUAAGAAAAUACAAUGUCAAGCCAUGUCGAGUCAUUAUAAACACAGAUCAUGCUCAGCUAUUUUUCAUGUCUACAUUAUUUUUCGAUAUUGAUCCAGAUGGACUACACCUCACACCUGCAUCGCAUUUUAAGCCUGGAGGUCUCGAGGCCUUUGAGAAGAUCUUCCCAAGUUGGGACAAGGGAGACGCUCAUAAGAAGCCACAUCGUAUUGCAGCAACAAAUAUAUAUCAGACAAAAGACGGCCGGUUUUAUCAUAUUCAUGGCAGCAUGAACCCCGAUCCAACCAUUGAAAGUUUUGCGCUCCCUCUUCAAAGAGAGGUGCAGACUUUGGCGGAGGCAUAUGAACCUUUCAUGCAAGCAGUGUCGCAAUUGACAUCGGCCGAGCUGGAUGAGCUUGAAAAUGAUAAAUAUCAUCAGGCAGGAACCAUAUGUUGGACUACAGAAGAGUACUCUCAGAGUGAACACGGGAAGGCAAAUGCACAUGUUGGCCUAUAUGAAAUUGAUGAGUGUCCAAAUCUUGCCCAGACGCCAUGUUGGUGGCCUUCAAUAUCACAAACGUCCCCGAAGCGACCUCUGGCUGGUCUAAAGGUCGUCGAUCUGACGAGGGUCAUCGCUGCACCCGCUGUGGCAAGAGGGUUAGCAGAAAUGGGUGCUAGUGUUAUGAGGAUCACAUCUGCUAAUCUCGUCGACUAUUCAAACUUGCAUUUGGACCUUAAUUGGGGCAAGUGGAAUUCGCUCCUGGACCUAAAAGCUAAAGAAGAUCGAGAGAAAUUGAGAGCACUUAUUCUCGAAGCCGAUAUCGUCGUUCAAGGGUACCGACCUGGAGUGCUGGACAAAUUCGGUUUCGGUGUGGACGGAAUUAUUGACCUUUGCAAAGGGCGAGAGCGUGGAAUCAUCGUUGUAAGAGAAAAUUGUUACGGUUGGAAUGGACCUUGGGCAGGAAGAAGUGGUUGGCAGCAGAUAAGUGAUGCUUGUUGCGGAAUUUCCAUGGAAUUUGGCCGGGCGAUGGGAAAUGACGAGCCGGUCACGCCUGUUUUUCCAAACAGUGACUACUGUACAGGUAUUAUUGGAGUUGUCGCCGCAGUGGAUGCUUUGAUGAGGCGUGCUCAGAAAGGAGGGUCAUAUUGCGUUGAUGUCGCGUUGAAUUAUUACUCGCAAUGGCUUGCAACUUCUUGCGGCGCGUACCCCACCGAGGUCUGGCAAGAAAAUUGGGCAAAAAAUGGAAGACCUGUAUUCCGCCACUAUCACGGCAUGCCAGUCACGAUACCGGCAUUGAUGAAACUGAUCGUAGGCAAGCACGCAGAAGUGUUGCUGCGACCCGAGUUCUUUGAAGAAAGGCAAUGUAACUCCAUUGGUUACAAGAUCAAGACUGUCAAGCCCAUUCUACAAUAUGUGGACGGGGAAGUAGAUCUGAAGUACAACGUUGGCACGAGGACGAAUGGUGUUGACAAACCAUACUGGCCUCAAGAUCUCAUGAUAGAGAUUGUACAGUAGACAGUUGGAUAUUGGUACCAUUUGGUAGCAACCCAGGAAACCCAAUCUAGAGUCGGCCAG